CCAGAACCCUCCAAAAACGAGAUGUUUUUAGUGAUUGUCGGUGCCAGCAUGAUGGGUGCAAGUGUACUGUUGGUCCUGGCAGUCGUUGGAUCUAUAUGUUACAUUGUUAAAAAGAAUAAAAGAAUCAACAAGAAAGAAGAGUCCAGGAUGUUGAAGAGCUCCAUGGGCGACACUUAUGAAGUUAUUAAAGAUAAUGAAGUGGAAACGCAUGGCAGUUCUGACAUCUACAGCUCGGCCAAGGAAAACCACGCCACUGCAACCACGAUACCCAACCGAUACACCAUCAGUACUGGACGCGGGUCGAAGAGUUCCAAGAAGUCAAAGAGCUCCUCAAAGUCAAACACCCUUGAUCUCUGCCGCAAGGAGUCAGACUCUCUUUACAGUGUCGCGGACGCCGAGGAUGACCGGGAAGAGGGUUUAAACUUUGAUGACUCCCAGGAAGACUAUGAGGUCAUUUCAGAGACUGCUCGAAAGCCACCGCCAAACAACAAAAUCGCCACGCCUUUCCUGCUGGCUACUAACGCUGGCGCCUUGCCACUGCCACAGCUGAGAUCGGUGACGGCUCGACACGAGCCCACCGACGUCAAACCUCCAGCGACCGAGCCUCCGUCGCCAGGUUCCAAUACAACGUCUUGUAAACCAAGAGAGUCAUCCCCCUAUCAGGCUUUGGACCGUUCGGGCAGGGCUCGCUCUAUUGACCUGAACAUAAUCUCGAACUAUGACGACGUCAUUGACGUCCGGUCAACAAAGUCCAAUCGGCACCAGCAAUGCAAAACUGCAGACGUGGUGCACGGUAAUGAGCCGGCCUUCACCUUUACACCCAAGUGCUUCUCAGAGAAUGUGUACUCCUUGCAGAAGAGAGCCGAGAGCGAGAGCACGGAUAACGAGGAGCACAUCUACGAGGCCUACGAUAAAGUCAACGCCAACCAAAAGGCCAGCUACGCUAACAUUCAACCAGCGGCGCCAGUAUCCACGGUGGUGCCGAAUACGAACACGCUUCCCUCAUCGCCCGCCCGUGACAAUAUAUACUUUCUGUGUGAAUCAGACGAUUCCGACUCUUCAAACGAGUCUGUGUCUAACUGUAACGUAGACGACAACUCAACAACCGAGCUGGGAAUGCUUGUCGAGCAUGUGUCAGAUCUCACACAAAUCUCGGACAACUUGUUAGAAGAAAAAGGGCACAAUGACAUUCUGUGUCCAUCGCUACAAGAUUCCGACAAACAAAAUCCAAAAGAUGAAGACGUGCAGAAGGCAGCAAGCGUCUCUGGAGAAACGCCAAAAGAGGAUGCCAAUGCCAAUUCCUCGGAAGAUAUGAAUACAAUGCUCUCGCAAUCGAUCAGCAUUGAAGCUCCGAUUCCUUUAAUCUCACAGUCAACUGAAGCCACACCAGAGUCGUCGCAGCCAACAGAAUACACCGACAACAUUGACAAUCCAAGCACAUCUCAAGUAGGUCUAGAGAACGUCAGAAGUGAUACAUCGGAGACACCAUUAAGGACGACAUACUCUAAUAGAAAUGGUGCGCCAAGAAUAUCCUUUCUUGCAGACAGCGUUACAAAUAGCGCGCCAGAAACCCCCAAAGAGAUUUUCGACACGCUAAAUAACAACAUAAAUACAUCUUCAUUCGUGGCUGAUCAGUCGCAAACAUAAAGACAUUUAGAAAUGAGACACAGUCUACUCAGCUAGACGUCUGAAGAUACUAUGAAUUAAUUCGCCUGAGGGCAUGUUAAACUAUACAUUUGUUCGAAGAUCCUUUGUUUUAGAUGUAGUGCUUCAAAAAUGUUCUUCUGUAAAUUACAUAUGGAAUGGUAUACAUAUUAUAGAUUAUAGCAUUUUCAACAUUACAUGAGUUUUCCAGGACAUAAUGAGGUGUGCAUUACAACUCAAACGAAAAUGCUUUUGCAUAAAAAUGAAAUGGGGAUAUGUAUCAGUGUAUGUCUAUAUAUUCCAAAUCAGACAGAAUUACGAUGAAUGAGAAUAAAAAUUCUCGCACUUGUACAUGUCAAAGACUUUUUGCGAGACAUGUUGGUGUUAUAAAAGUUUGCACUUGAAGCUGAUAAAGGGAGAUGAAAAUGAUACAUUUUUACUUUACUGAGUCUUUACUCUAGUUUUGUCCCUUGCAUGUCAUUUUUCAAUUUAUUUUCAAUUCUGAGAAUGUAUUGAGAUUUUAAAUAUAACGUAUGUAUGUGUAUAUGUGUGUGUGUGUGUGUGUGUGUGAUUGUCUAACUUCAAUGGCUGCUGGUUAAAAUAACAUAAGGGAGAUAAAAGAGCGAUGUUUAAAUGUGUUACCCCCCUUUCACAAGUUUGUUAAUAAUAUUGUCAGCUCUUGAAAGUGAACCAGAGAAAUGCAAUGCACAUGUAGACAUUAGAUUUACAAAAAACAGACAUUUGAUUUACAAAACAAAGAUAUAUGAUUUAUAAAACACAGACAUUUGAUUUACAAAACACAAGACAUUUGAUUUACGAAACACAGACAUUUGAUUUACGAAACACAAGACAUUUGAUUUACGAAACACAAGACAUUUGAUUUACAAAACACAGACAUUUGAUUUACGAAACACAGACAUUUGAUUUACAAAAAACAAGACAUUUGAUUUACAAAACACAGACAUUCGAUUUACAAAACACAAGACAUUCGAUUUGCAAAACACAGACAUUUGAUUUGCAAAACACAGACAUUCGAUUUACAAAACACAGACAUUCGAUUUACAAAACACAAGACAUUUGAUUUACAAAACACAAGACAUUUGAUUUACAAAACACAGACAGUUGAUUUACAAAACACAGACAUUCGAUUUACGAAACACAAGACAUUUGAUUUACAAAACACAAGACAUUUGAUUUACAAAACACAGACAUUCGAUUUACAAAACACAAGACAUUUGAUUUACAAAACACAGACAUUCGAUUUACAAAACACAAGACAUUUGAUUUACGAAACACAGACAUUCGAUUUACAAAACACAAGACAUUUGAUUUACAAAACACAAGACAUUUGAUUUACAAAACACAAGACAUUUGAUUUACAAAACACAGACAUUUGAUUUACAAAACACAGACAUUUGAUUUACAAAACACAGACAUUUGAUUUACAAAACACAAGACAUUUGAUUUACAAAACACAAGACAUUUGAUUUACAAAACACAAGACAUUUGAUUUACAAAACACAGACAUUUGAUUUACAAAACACAGACAUUUGAUUUACAAAACACAAGACAUUUGAUUUACAAAACACAAGACAUUUGAUUUACAAAACACAAGACAUUUGAUUUACAAAACACAGACAUUUGAUUUACAAAACACAGACAUUUGAUUUACAAAACACAAGACAUUUGAUUUACAAAACACAAGACAUUUGAUUUAAACACACACACUGGCUAAAACAAAAACAACGCCUCAUUACAUUUUGUUAAAUAUCCCUCACAUUUUUUUUAAAACCUAGUCACUAUGUUAUACUCUGAUGAUGUUACCAAUGUUCUAAGCUUUUGUGAAACAAUAUGUACAUAAGAUUCGUUCCAUGUCUAUUGUGACUCUUUUUUUGAACUCAAAACAAUUAUAAUAAAGGCUUCAACUAUGUG